GCCAGGAGCGGCUGUGAGUCUGUGGGUGUGGCGGAGGCCUGUGGGAAGCCAUAGGGCCUUUUCACAGGCCCGGCCUUCACCAUGGCAGGAGGGAGACCUCAGCUGAAGAGGAGUUUCUCCAUCAUUCCCUGCUUUGUCUUCGUGGAGUCAGUGCUUCUGGGCAUCGUGGUCCUGCUCGCUUACCGCCUGGAGUUCACGGACACCUUCCCCGUGCACACCCAGGGGUUCUUCUGCUAUGACAGUACCUAUGCGAAGCCUUACCCGGGGCCUGAGGCUGCCAGCCGAGUGCCUCCUGCUCUCAUCUAUGCCCUAGUCACUGCUGGGCCCACCCUCACGAUCCUGCUGGGGGAGCUGGCGCGUGCCUUUUUCCCCGCGCCACCCUCCGCCGUCCCCAUCAUCGGGGAGAGCACCAUCGUGUCAGGGGCCUGCUGCCGCUUCAGCCCCCCACUGCGGAGGCUGGUCCGCUUCCUGGGGGUCUACUCCUUCGGCCUCUUCACCACAACCAUCUUCGCCAACGCUGGGCAGGUGGUGACCGGAAACCCCACACCGCACUUCCUGUCCGUGUGUCGCCCCAACUACACGGCCCUGGGCUGCCCACCGCCUUCGCCCGACAGGCCGGGGCCCGACCGCUUCGUCACCGACCAGGGUGCCUGUGCCGGCAGCCCCAGCCUGGUGGCCGCUGCGCGCCGUGCCUUCCCCUGCAAGGAUGCUGCCCUUUGCGCCUACGCGGUCACCUACACAGCGAUGUACGUGACGCUUGUGUUCCGAGUGAAGGGCUCCCGCCUGGUCAAACCCUCGCUCUGCCUGGCCCUGCUGUGCCCCGCCUUCCUGGUGGGCGUGGUCCGCGUGGCCGAGUACCGCAACCACUGGUCUGACGUGCUGGCCGGCUUCCUGACAGGCGCUGCCAUCGCAACCUUUCUGGUCACCUGCGUUGUACACAACUUCCAGAGCCGGCGGCCCUCUGGCCGAAGGUUCUCCCCCUGGGAAGACCUGGGCCAAGCCCCCACCAUGGACAGCCCCCUCGAAAAGUUAAGUGUGGCCCAGGAACCCGAGGCCUGCAGGCCGCAUUCGACACCGGCACGGCUCACCCCAUCCAAGUCGCAGAACUGUGCCCGCCGUGGCCACCUGAUCCCCAGCUGCGUGUCCUCCAGGGCUCCAGCCAUGUGUUCGUCGCCCCGUGUGCCCCGCCCUCGAUUGAGGUCUGAGCCGACGCCCCUGCCUCUGCCCCUGCCCCUGCCAGCACCAACCCCCAGCCAGGGCCCCUCACCCUCCUCCCCUGGGCCUGGGGGGCCGGGUGGGGGUGGUGGACGUGGUCGGAAGCUGCUUCUGCCCACACCCCUGCUUCGGGACCUGUACACCCUUAGUGGACUCUAUCCCUCCCCCUUCCACCGGGACAACUUCAGCCCUUACCUGUUUGCCAGCCGUGACCACCUGUUGUGAGGCCCCACCACCCACCCAGAAUCUUCCAGGUCCCCAUUCCUUCCCUGCCACACGUGAGUGUGCGUGUGCCAUGUGAGUGCCAAAGCCCCCUGUGCACAAACCAGCCAGGCCUAGAUGUUAGAGGCUGGCCGGAAGGACAUUUGGGGGGCCCCUGCCUCUCUUGCCCUCUGGAACAUCCAAGUGGGCAUAACUGGGAGGUGGGCCCUUGCCCCCAGGAUGGCUCUUUUAGGGCCCAAACCUGACCCCAUUGGCCAUUGCUGGGCCAAUGGGAGUCCCCAGUUCUAAAACUUCUACUCAAAAGGAGUUUACUCCAGCCAAUGGAGCCUCCCCUCACGUCUUAGAAUCCUCGGGCAAGAGGGUAACUCCAGUUUGUGUUCAGUGUCUGAACAACCAAUAGGAGUCCUUGGUUUUCAGAACUUCUAGGAUGGGUGGGUAUGAUUCCAGUCAAUGGGGGACCGCCAAUGUCUAAGCAUGUGCAGAGGAGAGGAGGGAGAUGGGGUCAUCCUGUGUCAUUGGGUCCUCUCUCAGAAUCAGAGAGUCCAGCUGGAGAAUGGGGGGCAGGCUCCCCCGUGGCAGGGUUCUUGGAGCACCCCUUCCUCUCUCAGCCCCUCCCCCAUGUGCAACCUCUCACUCAGUCCCUCCUAACUCCCAGCGUACACAGGGCUUGCCCCAGUUCAGAGGUUUUGGGGUUCAGGGUGCUGUCUCUCCCCUUGUCUGUGCCCAGGUCACCUCAAACCCCUCUGUUAUUAGGGCUGUGGGAGGGACUUUUUUUGCCUUGGAGUCUGUCCCUGUUCUUUACACUGCCCCCCACCCCGGGCUCCAGCCUCAUGCAGAUGUGCCAUCAUGGGGGGCAUGGGUGGAGCAGAGAGGGCUCCCCUGCCCCAGGCAGCCAAAGGCAGUGGGCAGAGGAGAUACUGCCCCCCUUUCCUGCCCCCACCUUAUCUUUAAUAAAGACCUGUUUGUAACA